AUGGACAAAAUCUCAGAUGUUGUUGAGCCAAGAAUUAGCACAAACCCAUUCGCAGAUGACUCACUUAUAAGCAGAAUCAAUCUGAAGGAAACUGCAGAUUUCAUCAAAUCGCUGCCAAUUUCAUCGAACCAAAGCAGUAGCAGCAGUGAGAUGGUAAACGAAAGGAGACAAAGUUUCUCAUCACAGAAGAGCAUUGGAGAAGGAAGAAGCAGUGGACAGAGAAGAGUGAUGUUAAUGGAGUCUCCUUGUACUCCAGGUAGAGGAGUCUUCAGUUUCAGUAGCAGUGUCUCUGGUAGAAGACGAAACUUCCCUUCUAAGUGGGUCGACGCCGAGAAAUGGGUCACCUCCGGUCAUGAAUCUCCGGCACAUUCGUUCAAAAACAGUCAGAUUAGUAAUAACUCCCAGUUUGAUGGGUUUAAGCACCAGGUGGAAGUUGUAUACUCGGAGAAAUCUAGGGUUACGGAGGAAAAGGUCUCAUUGUCUCCACCAGAUCUUAUUCUUAAAGAUAAGUUAGCGAACGAAGUGCAGCAGAUUCUCCCAUCAACGGAAGGGUUUAUAUUCAGAGAUUCCGACAAAUUUAUCCGUUACGAGGAAGAAGAAGAAGCUCAAAUUCAACACAGAGACAUCGGAACAGAGAUGACACCAGUCGGAAGUGUAACGGCUUCAAGAUGUCACACGCCGUUUAUAAGCAUGUCUCCGGCGAGACACAACACGCCUUCGAAAUUGUCUGGUCCGUUAACAGAAACCAAAAACGUCAUAGAUAUCUCCGAGUUCGCCGACAAGCUACGACUCAGUGGGUCCGCUGCGACUCAGUACUAUAACUCGGUGACGAGUCAUUGGAACUCGAGGGAGGAAGAAGAAGAAGAGAUAUCGAAGAGCUUAAGACAUUCCGAUAUGGACUCUGAGUUGCGAAAAAGUGUUUCAGAAUCUAAAGCUGCUUUAUGGGAUGGUGAAGACGACAAGAUCAAAUUUUGCCAAAGAUAUCAAAGAGAAGAAGCCAAAAUCCAGGCAUGGGUUAAUCUCGAAAAUGCUAAAGCCGAAGCUCAAUCCAGGAAACUCGAGGUGAAAAUACAGAAGAUGAGAUCAAAUUUGGAGGAGAAAUUGAUGAAGAGAAUGGAUACGGUGCACCGGAGAGCAGAGGAUUGGAGAGCUACGGCGAGGCAACAGCAUGCUGAGCAGAUGCAGAGAGCGGUGGAGACUGCGAGGAAGCUGACAAACCGCCGUGGCUAUUUGGUUGCCGGCCGUAGCUCAUGUGGUUGUCUUCCUUGCAAUAAUACUUGUCCCUAG